CUCUCGUCGGUUAGACAAAGUUACACACAGUUCUGCGCGGCCGAGAAAGCACGAGACACAGAGAAAAUGGUGCUGCUUGCCUUGCCUAAGAUUUCCCGCCAUUCUCGGUUCCUAGUCUCUCUCAUUCUCCUGCAAUUGUUGGUAUUUGCGUUGCCCGAUUCUCUCUCACCCAAAAAAAUAAAUAAGAGGCAGAGAUUGUGGUAAAAUUUUCCUUCUGCACGUCUCUCCUUCACUGCGUCCCUAUUCUGAUCCUAGGUCUCCUACUCUUCUUCGAUCUUUCUUCUUCAGAAAGGGAAUGCUAUAAGUGCUUAGUAUUUUCUCCAUUCUUAAUUUAGGAUGGACAGUGAUCUUAAUGUACACCAGAAUACUUCAACUAAUGGGGUUUCAGCUUCCAACCAACCGGUUUUCUUGCAUGGGGAAUUGGAUCUGUGGAUUAUAGAGGCUAAAUCUCUUCCAAAUAUGGAUUUAGCUUCGGAAAACAUGAGGAAAUGUUUCACAAUGUUUGGACCUUGUGCACCUCAGUUUGGGAAGAAACCUUCAGUUCAUACAAGCGGCAAACGUUCCAUCAUCACUAGUGAUCCUUAUGUGUCUGUUUGCCUUGCAGGGGCUACAGUCGCUCAAACCAGAGUUAUUCAAAACUCUGAAAAUCCUUUAUGGGAUGAGCAUUUUUGUGUUCCAGUUGCACAUCCUGUUGCAAAACUGGAGUUCCAUGUCAAGGAUGAUGAUGUUCUUGGGGCCGAACUUAUUGGCGUAGUGGAAAUAUCUGUUGAAAAAAUCCUCUUGGGAAAUGAGAUCAAUGACUGGUUCCCUGUCGUUGGCCAUUUUGCAAAUUGUCUGAAACCUUUUCCUGAAUUGCAUGUUUCUAUUCAGUUUAGGCCAGUUGAAGAAAACCCUUUAUACAAGGAUGGUGUUGGCGUGGGGCCAGAUUAUACAGGUGUUCCUAAAACAUAUUUUCCACUGCGUGUAGGAGGUAGUGUGACACUUUAUCAAGAUGCCCACGUACCUGAUGGGGCACUACCCAAAAUUUUAUUAGACGAUGGAAAAGUUUUUCAGCAUGGAAAAUGUUGGGAAGAUAUAUGCCAUGCCAUUUUGGAAGCACAUCACCUGGUAUAUGUUAUUGGGUGGUCUGUGUAUCAUCCUGUUAAACUUGUGAGGGAGCCAACAAAGGCAUUACCUUCUGGAGGAGAGCUUUCUUUGGGAGAGCUGUUGAAAUACAAAUCACAAGAAGGUGUCCGUGUUGUUAUGCUGAUAUGGGAUGAUAAAACUUCCCAUGACAAACUUCUACUGAAGACGGAAGGUGUCAUGCAGACACAUGAUGAGGAAACUAAAAGGUUUUUCAAACGCUCUAGUGUCCAUUGUGUGCUAGCACCUCGUUAUGCGAGCAAUAAGCUUAGCAUUUUCAAACAGCAGGUUGUGGGAACCCUCUUUACUCAUCACCAAAAGUGUGUGCUUCUUGACACUCAAGCUUCUGGAAAUAACCGUAAAAUUACUGCAUUCAUUGGUGGUCUAGAUUUAUGCGAUGGCAGAUAUGACACUCCAGAGCACCGGCUCUUUGAUGAUCUUGACACAGUCUUUGAAAAAGAUUUUCAUAAUCCCACAUUUCCAUCUUAUGCCCGAAGCCCCAGGCAACCUUGGCAUGAUCUACAUUGUAAAAUUGAGGGUCCUGCAGCAUAUGAUAUUUUGAGAAAUUUUGAACAAAGAUGGAGAAAAGCCACAAAGUGGCGUGACUUCAAGCUAAAGAAGGUCACUAAUUGGCACGAUGAUGCCUUGAUAAGGCUGGAACGUAUUUCAUGGAUACUCACACCAUCUUCUGGUUCUGGCGGAGACCAAAUUGUGCGUGUGAGCACCGAAGAAGAUCCGGAAAACUGGCAUAUCCAGGUAUUCCGGUCCAUUGACUCAGGAUCUGUGAAGGGUUUUCCAAAAGGCAUUGAGGAAGUCAUGGCCCAGAAUCUUGUCUGUGGAAAGAACUUGGUAGUAGAUAAGAGCAUCCAUACAGCAUAUGUAAAAGCAAUUAGAUCAGCGCAACACUUCGUGUACAUAGAGAAUCAAUAUUUCCUUGGAUCUUCGUACUUUUGGCCAUCAUACAAAAAUGCAGGUGCUGACAAUUUAGUCCCCAUGGAGCUGGCCUUGAAGAUUGCCUCCAAAAUCCAUGCACACGAGCAUUUUUCUGUGUACAUCAUAAUACCAAUGUGGCCAGAAGGCGUCCCUACUAGUGCUGCUGUUCAGGAAAUUUUGUUUUGGCAGGGACAAACUAUGACCAUGAUGUACCAUAUUGUCGCACAGGCACUCCAAAAAGCAGGCCUUUCUGAGUCGUAUCAUCCACAAGAUUAUUUAAACUUCUAUUGCCUUGGUAAGCGCGAAGCUUCAUCUGUAGGAGGUUCAUCUCAAAUAAACCAACCAACUGAAAACCAUGCACUGUCAUCAGCACAGAAAUACCGUAGAUUUAUGAUUUAUGUCCAUGCAAAAGGGAUGAUAGUUGAUGAUGAGUAUGUGAUUAUGGGAUCAGCAAACAUUAAUCAGCGAUCUCUCGAGGGUUCAAGGGACACAGAAAUUGCAAUGGGUGCUUACCAACCAAACUAUACAUGGGCAAAAAAGAAUUCUCAUCCACACGGUCAGGUAUAUGGUUAUCGGAUGUCUCUCUGGGCUGAACACCUUGGCUUUCUCGAGGAUUGUUUCCAGCAACCGCAGAGCCUCAAAUGCAUGAAGCGUGUCAAUGAAAUUGCCAGUUAUAACUGGAAAUCAUAUGUUUCUGAAGAGAGCAAGGAAAUGAAGGGACAUUUAAUGUUGUAUCCAGUAAAUAUCAGCAGAGAUGGGAAAAUUAGUGCAUUGCCUGGUCAAGAAACAUUUCCUGAUGUUGGUGGCAAAAUUCUUGGAGCACCCACUACGCUUCCUGAUGCUUUAACCACAUAGCUUCUGAAAUCAAAUGCAAGAAUGAUCCCAGUACAUACUUCAAAGAAAUUCUAUAUUCUCCAUCUAUGAAUUCUUUAGGGAAAAUUUAUUAGAGCUGUGAA